AUGUCACUGCGAAACAGCACGACUGCUAAGCGGUUUCAUUCGCAUAAGACCUGGGCAGGGACCUUCUGGUCCCGUCCAUCGCUGUACUUCCAGCCCGCAAGCAUAGAAGAGCUCCAGGCCAUUGUGACACGAGCACGAGACCUGGGAAAGACAAUCAUGGUGGUGGGCUCAGCUCACUCACCCUCGGACCUCACCAUGACCUCCCAAUGGCUCGUCAACCUCGACAAGCUUAGCAAGGCCGUGUCCUUCAAGCCCCACACCUCGGGUCUCUACACUGACGUUACUGUCGAGGCCGGUAUUCGCAUCCAUCAGCUCAACGAGGUACUCAAGCGAAAGGGACUGGCCAUGCAGAACCUGGGCUCCAUUUCAGACCAAUCUGUGGCCGGAAUCAUCAGUACAGGAACCCACGGUUCGUCGGCCUACCACGGUCUGGUUUCCCAGCAAAUCGUGUCACUGACCAUCAUGAUCGCCUCCGGUGAGCUGCUCACGUGCUCACCCGAUGAGAACCCUACUCUUUUCCGAGCUGCACUCCUUUCUCUUGGAAAGCUAGGAAUCAUCGUCUACGCCACUCUCCGAACCGUGCCGGCAUACACCAUCCACUCCACCCAGCAUGUCAUCACCUUUGAGACUCUGAUCCGUGAGUGGGACAACCUGUGGACUGCCUCGGAGUAUAUCCGGGUGUGGUGGUUCCCGUACGCAGAGCGAUGCAUUCUGUGGCGAGCUUCCAAGUCAGAGUUGCCGCUGUCCGCCCCUCGACCUUCCUGGUACGGCACCUGGCUCGGCCGGCUCUUUUACGAGACUCUGCUGUGGGUCUCGGUACGACUGUGGCCCUCGCUUACCCCUUCGGUCGAGCGGUUCAUCUUCUCCAGGCAGUACGGCAUGGAGGACACUCUGGGUUCCGGAACCGGCUCGGAGGCCGUGCAGGGCUCUGUCGAGGGUCUCAACAUGGACUGUCUCUUCUCCCAAUUUGUUAACGAGUGGGGCAUGCCUCUGGACAAUGGCCCCGAUGUCCUGCGAGCUCUGCGAGCCAAAAUUGAAGCUGCCGCCAAGGACAAUAUUUAUUAUGUGCAUUCCCCCGUGGAGGUGCGAUGCUCCAACAUGUCUGUGCCCGACAGUGGCGACCGAAACGUGGAGCCCAACACUCAGGAGUUUUCUGCUUCGCGACGAGGAGCCAUCACCGGCAACACUCUGCGACCUCUUUUGGACAUCAAUCCUCGAGACCGGCCUUAUGCCUCUCCUCAUGGCCAUGUGACUAACUCCAACCUCACCCUCUACAUCAACGCCACCAUGUACAGACCCUUUGGAGUCAACUCCCCUGUGGGCAAGUGGUACCGUGACUUUGAGGGCAUUGUGGCCGAGGCUGGAGGAAAGCCUCACUGGGCCAAAAACUUUUUGGGUCCCGAGACGGCCGAGCUCAAGGAUAACGAGAGCGAGGACGGCAAGAUGCUUGGUCUCAAGCCCAUCAUUGAUGAGUGGUAUGGAGAUGAUCUCAAGCAGUGGAAGUCGUUGCGAGAAAAGUACGAUCCCACAGGAGUGUUUCUUUCAGGAAAGGUGUGGAUGGAUAGAAAUGGUUUGCUUUAA